UGGUGAGUGUGACUCCGGUGAAUGAAGGGCUUGUGCUAGCACUGUAUUAAAGGUGAGUCCCUCACUGCACGACAUCACAGACGUCUUUCAGGUUUUGUCUCUCACACUCUUGUGCUUUGAAACAAACACUCAGUGGGCGUGGAAACAGCAUGACCUCCUUUUUUUCCCCUCCCCAGAUAAUGCUGAAAUUUUCUGCCUCCUCCAGUUAGUUUUCUCAUGUUUUAUUCAGGAAUGAGUUGGUGACCAUCUCUUUGCCAAAGGGCACUCCAGCUGUGUCUGUCGUCUCAGCGGGAGUCUUUCCUCACAACAUCAGCAUGGCGGGAGAGUGUGUUUCAGAAGGUCCAGACCUGAAGGAGAUGGGCGAGGAGGAACUGUGGGAGCUGAUUAACGAUAACCGCCACCGGAUCUCUCUGGGCGUGAGGCCGUGCACCGUGAUCCCGUACCUGAGACAGGCCAGGGUGCUGACCGAGCUGGACGAGGACGAGAUCCUCUCCUGCCACAACCUCACCAACCGCUCCAUGAGAACGAGUUACAUGCUGGAUCUGCUGAGGACCCAGGGAAGGAACGGUGCCGUGGCCCUGCUGGAGAGCCUGAUGAUCCACUACCCUCCACUGUACACUCAAGUGACUGGACGCAAGCCCAGUACUGAGCCCUCCAGAUUCAGCGGCCUGAUGAAAUACUCAGAGCUGACAGAAUACCUGAUCAGAGCUGUAACAGGGAUGCAGAAGGAGCUGCAGCAGGCGCGGUGCGAGGCCGGUCAGAUGAGUGCGCGCUGCGCCUCCCUGGAGUCCGAGAUUGAGCAGAUGAGCGAGCAGGAAGAGAAGUCCAGAUGCCUCCAAUCUGAGAAUGAGCACAUGCAGAGGCACGUGUGCUCUCUACAACGGGAAAUCACCAAGCUGAAAGACGAAAAAUGCGACUUGUAUAUGCGUUACACGGCAGCCAUUGAAGAGAAAUCGGCAGUGAACCUUCACUGUCAUGAUCUCAACUUACAGGUGUACCAGCUGCAAACUGAACUGCAGAAUGCACAGUCACAGAAUAAAUCCCAUAACCAGCGGCUGGUCAGGCGAGCUUCUGCUGCUGAUUUACCGCAGCUGCACGAGGACAUCAAGACUCUGCGCUGCCAGCUGAUGAAGGCCACAUAUGUUGAUCCGGCUCGGCAGGACAUCCUGGCCCAGGACUUGGCCGAGGCCAUAGACGGCCAGACAGAGCUUGCAGGGCAGCUCAGAUGUUACAGAGAGGAAAACGAGCAGCUACUCCGAGAAAAAGAAGAGCUCGUGAAUCAGAAGGAGACUCUGAGCCUUCAGGUGCAGCAGCUGACAGUGGAUGUCAGCAUGUACCAGAAGAAGAUCUCUGUGAUCCAGAGCCAGAUCAGAGAGCUGCAAGCAGAGAGAGACCAAGCAUACCAGUCCAGAGACGAGGCUCAGGCUCAUAUAGCUCGCAACCUGACUGAGAAAGACACCUUGAGGUGUCAGCUCAUGGAGCUCCAGGAGAAGGUCUUCAGCCUGCGUGUCACUCGCAGUGAGCAUCAGGGGAGCUCUGAGCAGAGACAUCUGAGCUGGGACAGCCAGAGGUCCAGCAGUGAAGAGUCCAUGUGUCCGCCGCGACGCAGACUGUGCCGCAUGGACGCGCUUAAUCCCACCUCACUGACUGUCUACAACUCAGAGUGUGAAGAUCCGAUGUUAAGCAGUAUCCGAUCACGAAACGCAGAGCCUCCCUGUGCAGAGUCGCUGCGCAGGCGGUACCAAGUUCUGUAUGCAGAUGACAGCUUGGAAACAGCUCAGACUGAUUCUUCGUUGGACGACUUUGUGUUCCUUCCCUUCGAAGGGAGUGAAGACGAGAAGACACCCAGGCGUUCCUCCUCCAGUGGCACCGCUUCUGAGGGGUUCUGCCUCAGGACAGCAGCUCCUCCCUUUCUGAUGCGUUCUCGUCAGAAAGCCAUCCGCGUCAACGGCCGCGUCAUUACCAUCUCCUUCAAUGGGGAGGCGCUGCUCGGCCAGCUAGCAGUGGUGGGGGGCAAUAAGACUGGAGUGUUUGUGCACCAGGUGACAGAAGGGAGCGCCGCCCAUGUAGUUGGCAUCAACUCAGGAGCACAGAUCGUGGAGGUGAAGUACGAGCAGAAGCAGCAGGUGCUGAGGAUGGUCCUGGAGGAUUCUACUUUAGAGGAAGCCAUGUGGGCUUUGGGCCAGGUCAAGGGUCUCUGUCACCUCUCCCUUCGACCCAGGCAACACGACUAUGAGAUGCUCCUCCAGCAGCUGCAGACUCAAGGGAACUCAUCAGGGGACUCCUUCUACGUGCGUGUCAACCUCUCACUCCCAGCGGGCUCCAAAGGAACCCUCGCCGUUUCCUGCAACGACAUCCUGCACGUGACCAACACGCGACCCGCCAGCUCCGAGGGCUUGUGGUACGCAAGCCAGGUUCACCCCUGUCAGCUCCUGGACCUCCAGAGUGGAAAUUUGCCCAACUAUUACAGGGCACAGCGACUUCUGAUCCUGGCGAUUGAACACAUGAACUUUCAGACAAAGAAAGGCCGAAAGGCUGAACCCGUUGUGUCCCAGGAGCAGCAGAAGGCCGUGAGGAUUGUGAGCACCGGGCGUCAGGGCAGGAACCCAAUGUGGGUCAGUGUUGAGGACGAAAAUACAGAGAGCGCAGAACCAGUGGAUUCAUCCACACUCAGAAGUUGCGUCACACUCAUGCCCUACACGCUGGUCACGCCCCACUACCCGCCCAGCUGCAGGCCCAUCCUGCUGCUGCCCACCAUCCUGGGACACAUCCUGGACAAGAAGCUGGCAGCCUGGACGGGUUUUGAGCUCUGUGAGCCGGAGGUACUGAGCUCCAAUGAGCACGCAGCCCGGCUGCAGCGGUCUGAAAUCCUGGAGGAGUGCGAGCAGGGACAGAACUGCUGCUACACUCUGCAGAGUGUUGAGAAGGUCGUGAAGAAGGGGAUCCACUGUGUGCUGCCUCUGGGUCUGGACUGUGUGCGGCGGCUGCAGAGGGCUGAGAUCUUCCCCAUCAUCAUCUUCAUCGCCCAAUCUGCACGGACUGCACGGAAACUGAGGUCGAAGCUGCAUCGAAACGGCCACUCGGAGGAGCAGCUGCUGACGUGUUCACAGAACGAGGAGCCGCUCUUGGACAAGCUGCCAUGUCUGUACCACAGCAUGUCCCCGGACUCCUGGUGCGACAGCGCCACCCUGCUGACCAGCCUGCGCACAGUUAUCUGGGCGGAGCAGAAGAAGAUUGUGUGGGUGGAGCCUGACUUGUGGUGAAACAAGUUCUGGAGUUAAUGUAUCACACAAAAAUAGGUGUGUGUUAAUAAUAAUAAUGAUAUUUUAUCUAUAUCGCACUUUCAGGUAGAAAAUUUUCAAAACCCUGCACAUUGUAGAUCGUCAAACAGAACAAUAUAAUAUUCUGCGUUCAUCUGUUUUUGCAAAAAAGCUCUGUAAUAACACAGUAAAUGAUUAAGAAUUGAUUUACAAGUUUUGUUUUUGUAAGCACGAGUAUGUAUCUGUGAUACGAUUGAGUAAAUGCUUCAGCUUUGCAAACUGUACCAGACAGAUUUAAGCUGUAAUUUUAUUUACUGUAGCUGCACAUGUACGAGGGCUGUCAAUAAAGUAUAGGUCCUUUUUAUUUUUUUCAAAAACUAUAUGGAUUUCAUUCAUAUGUUUUUACGUCAGACAUGCUUGAACCCUCGUGCGCAUGCGUGAGUUUUUCCA